AUGGAUGUUCAGAUUGCUCAAACUUCUGAAACAAUCAAGAGGCAACAUGGAACACUCCCUGGGAAAACAGACAAGAACCCCAAGGAUUGUAACGCAGUCGAGCUGAGAAGUGGAAGACAACUCCCAGAUCCUGUCCCCAAAAAGCUCACUACUAAAGAGAAGGGAAAACAGAAAGAGGGAGAACAAUCCGAGGAUGUCUUGGACGACGAACAAGACGCAGAACAGCCAGCUGUGAUAGAACCAGUAGCUCUUACGAUGCCAAAUCGGCCUGUUCCAGCUCGCGUCUACAGUCCAAAAGUUCCCUACCCAGUCCCUGCUAAGAAAUCAUGCAAGGAUUGCGAAGAGAUGAAGUGCAAAAAGAUGCUAGAGGAGUUGAAUGUCAAGCUAUCUCUCAUGGACGCAAUUCAGAUGAUUCUUUCAAUGCGCAAUCUUGUGAAGGGGCUAAUCUCUGGGAAAACAUCUGCAGACAGCGAUAUCAUGAUGGUCUCAAAAGAAUGCAGCACAGUCCUUCAAAACAGAACAAUUAGGAAACUGGAAGAUCUUGAAAAAUUUGUCCUAUCGGUUCAGAUUGGAAAAACAGUCUUCGCUUGUUCUUUAUGUGAUCUAGGUGUUCUCGAAGACCUGCAAGUUCAAAUUGGCGACACAACUGUCCCGGCGGAUUUCGUGGUUCUGGAGCUCGAAGAUGAACCGAAAGACCCACUCAUUCUGUGCCGACCUUUCCUAUGCACAGAUGGUGCAAUCAUUGAUGUCCGCAAUGGGAGGAUCGUUCUCCAACUGGGAGAUAUUGUGAUGAAGUUUGAGAUUGACGAGCUGCUCAAACGGCCUAUGUUGGAUGGCCAGAACUUCACGAUUAACGAUGAGAAUGCCGCCUUGACCCUCAACAAGGGAUGA